UGCAGUAGUUCCUCAGAAGCAGUGAAGCUCGUAAAAAGUGAAUUUCCCCAUAAAUUCAAUAAAGUGAAAAACCAAUAUAGAAAUGAUUUGCAUAUCAGUGAUUUUGAGUGCUUUUACUCUCGUGGCAAUUGGAUAUUUGUGGGUCAAGAAGCAGUAUAGAUAUUUCAAGGAUAAAGGAUUACCCUACAUACCACCAAAGUUUCCUCUGGGAAAUCUCCGGGGAGUUGGAAAAGUAAAACAUAGUGGAGUGUUUAUUCGUGAAGUUUAUGAAUAUAUCAAAAGGAAAGAUACCUUGGGCGGAGUUUUCUUCUUUGUCCGACCUGUGGUUGUACCAACUGAUUUGGAUUUGAUAAAGCAAGUUCUUGUUAAGGAUUUUCAGAGCUUUCACGAUCGCGGAUUUUAUGUCAAUGAACGCGAUGAUCCACUUUCGGGGCAUUUAAUUGCCCUCUCUGGGCAAAGAUGGAAGAAUCUACGAGCUAAGCUUACGCCCACGUAUACUGCUAAGAAAUUGAAGAUGAUGCACGGGACAAUUGCCGUAAUUGGGCAGAGAUUCCAGGAAUGCCUAGAAGGUUACGUAGGGCAGGAUGUUGAAAUUGGAGACAUUAUAAGUCGAUUUACAACGGAUGUAAUAGGAAGUUGUGCUUUUGGUAUUGAAUGCAAUAGCCUAAAGGAUCCUAAUACGGAAUUCCGGACGAUGGCGAAGAAGGUGUCAGACGUGCGUGGCUUUAAGUUCUUCAAAAGAUUCCUCUUGACACUUUUCCCCAAUGUUGGACGGGCGCUUCGUAUGAGCUCAACACCAAAGGAUGUUUCGGACUUCUUUAUGGGUAGCUUGAGGGAAAUGAUUGACAUGAGGGAGAGGAAUAACAUCAAGAGGGAUGAUUUCCUUGAACUCCUCAUGCAAAUCAAGAACACCGGAAGGCUGGAAGGGGAAGAUGUCGAUCUGGGAAAAAUGACUUUCGAAGAAUUGGCAGCACAAACGUUUGUUUUCUUCAUUGCUGGCUAUGGAACAUCUGCCUUUACCACAACUUUUGUUUUGUACGAACUGGCAUUGGAUCAAUCAGCUCAAGAUCGUGCUAGAAAAGAACUUCAGCAAAUUCUUGAGAAGCAUGGAGAAUUUUCUUACGAAGCUUGCAUGGAAAUGAAGUAUAUCGAUCAAAUUAUUAAAGAAACUUUAAGGCUUCAUCCAAUCCUUCCAAACUUGAUCAGAAAUUUAAAUCAAGACUACAAAAUUCCUGAGAGGAAUCUGGUCUUUGAGAAAGGAAGCUUCUUCAGCAUUCCCGUCAUUGGCAUCCACUAUGAUCCCGAAAUCUAUCCUGAUCCAUAUAAAUUCAAUCCUGAACGCUUCACAGAGGAGAACAGCAGAAAUCGUCAUUCCUGUGCAUGGCUGCCAUUUGGAGAAGGUCCACGGAAUUGCAUUGGAAAGAGAUUCGGAAUAAUUGAAGUUAAAAUUGGUCUUGCCAUGCUGCUUAGCAAGUUCAAGAUCAAACCAACCCCUAAGACACCUAUUCCAAUGCAAUACGAUCCUGCAGUCACCAUCCUAACUCCAAAGGGGGGAAUGUGGUUAAAACUUGAACACAUUUAAACUGAAAAAAAAAUCUUAUAAAUUUUAAAAGAAGAAAUUGACUACAUAAUUCAAUUCGCAAAAUAAUAUGAAAGAGAAAAUUAAAGCUAAA